GCCAGUCAGUCAGUGGGUGCCAACUGCACGGGGAGGACGAAGGGCCCUUUCACUCGAGCCCUGUGUGUGAAAUAGGACCUUUUCUAUGUAAAUUUGGAAGCACAUUACACACGAACAUACAUGCGCGCCAUAAGCUGCAUUUGACCAUGGAGACUACUGUGCUGAGGAUCUUCCAUUGCGUGGCCAUUUUGUCUUCCGCGAGCAGUUUGAGGAUUCACCUGCAAGACUCACCUGAGCGACUGGAACCUGAGCUUGAGGAUCGGAUCUUCUCUCACAGACUGAACCAACCCUCCGGGACCUAUCGCGUGCUCCGAAGCCUCCCGCAGCGCUAUGGGCGGGCGGCGGACGAUACCGCGGGCGUGGGUGUGGGCGGGGCAGCCUUCGAACUCACGCUGCCGAUCGACGGGUCCGAGGUCCACCUUGAACUCGAACCGAUAGAUAUUGCUUCUCCGGGACUGACGUUGAGUUUCGCCGACGACCCCACGAGAGAAGUUCCGGUCCCUCAUAACUGCAUGUUUGCCGGGGCGACUGGCAACACCUGGGCCGUUAUGUCAGUCUGUGAUGAGUUGAGUGGUGUGGUUGACCACCUCGGGAAAAGUUACCAAGUGGAAGCAGUGGAGGCGUUAAGCUCUAGAACUCGGAGAGAUGUCGACGGGGAUUCCAGGUACAUCAUCACCAGAAUUGAGACGAAGCUUUCUGAAAACGCAGCCCGCCUCCCAUUCGCCCCACGACAAGCGAAAGACGAAGAGGAAGAAGAAAAAGAAGAAGAAGGAGAAGAAGAGGAAAAAGAAGAAAGCGACGAGGAAGUAUUGCCACGGAGAUGGAAGCGAGCGACAAACACUAAGUACACGGUAGAGUUAGCGGUGUUCGUGGAUCGAGCGCUUUAUAACUAUGUGAAAAAGCGCUACCCGGGCCAGAACCAAGAUCAGAGGACGCUUGAUAUUGUCAUGACUAUUGUUAACGCUGUCCACCGCCUCUACUCAGACAGCUCCCUCGGCCAGUACAAAAUCGCGAUGCUGGUGAAGAAGGUGGAGGUGCUGCCCGCGGGGAAGCCGAGCGAGGCGAAGGGGGACAUCUACUCUUACCUCAAGAACUUCUGUCUGUGGCAGUCCUCGCAGAACCCGAAGAGCAACGCCGAGAAGAGAUGGGACCACGCCCUCCUCCUCUCCGGUCUGGACCUGUGGAACGGGAAGCCGAAGCAGAACUCUACGGUGGGCCUCGCCUACGUCGGGGGAAUGUGUUCUUCGAAGGUCUCUUGCACCAUCAGCGAGGGAACGUCCUUUGCCGCGGCGUACAUUGCGGCGCACGAGAUCGGCCACAACCUGGACAUGCGCCACGACGGGGAUUCGGACGCGUGGCUGUGCAAAGGGAAUCAGUUCCUCAUGUCUUCGGUCAUGUCUUCGGGAGCAACGACUUGGUCUUCGUGCUCCAAGAACGCGCUCGCUGGAUUCAUCUCUUCCGGGAGCGGCAGAUGCUUGACCGCCACCAAAGAGCUGAAUGACCCCAGGAAAGGUCACCGCGGGAAACUGCCAGGGAAGAGGUUUGGUGCCAAUGAGCAAUGCCGCUACAUGUAUGGCGAGGGAUGGGAUUUUUUCUCGUCUCCUGAGAGCCCCUUCAAUAACGUCUGCAAGGAGAUCUGGUGCCGCAACGGACCCAGACUCAGGACUCCCUCUGCCUCGGCUCUCGAAGGAACGCCCUGUGGUCCCCUGAAGAUCUGCAGAAGAAGCAAAUGCAAGAGAGUGGCACCGCUCGAUAAAGACGAAAAGAAGAAACUGAAGGAAAACAAGAAGAAGAAGAAAAAAAAGAAGAAGGAAGAAAAAGAAAAGAAAGAUUCCAAAAAGGUCGUAAAGAAAAAUAAGAACAAGAAAGAUAAGAAGAAAAAGGAAGGGAAAUCGAAGAACAAGAAAGCUAAUGUCGACGAACUGGACCUCACGAAGAAGAAAGGAAAAGUGAAGAAGAAGAAGAAGGAGAAGACGAAAAACGACAACAAAAAGGGCAAAAAACUGACGGUCAACCUCGGAGACCAAACGACGGUGAAAACGAAGGAGAAAAUAUCCAAAAAAUCGAAAAAACCGAAGAAGAACUGGAGGGUCGACACACCAACGCACAUAAUCCUCAAAGAAAGGGUUGGUUAUGUCGAGGGAAAAGGUUAUAAGAUCAGAGUCUUGCGGAUUCGAAAGACGAAGACGAUGAUCGAGGCCGAAGCUAGGAGCGGCAAUGGCGGAGGAGAGAGCAAGAAGAAACGAGUGAAAACUUGUAUAGGAAGGGAUAGGAAAAAGUGCAAGAGGUUAAGGAAGAAGAAGAAAAAGAAGAAUAAAGAACUCGUGAAUACGAUUUUACAGAGAUCUUCCAAUGCAGAUACUCGCUGUCAGUUGCAGAAAGUGAAGAAAGUAAAGGGACAAGGGUGGUGGGUCCGAUUACCUCUUGACUGCCUUGUAAAUCAGUCGACGGGAUAGAAGAAAAGGUAACGGACUCAAAUUUACAUUCUUCUUACAUUAUAUUUAUUUGAGAAACGCAGUUAUGUGUUAUGAAAAAAAAAUCCUGAUACAAGUCCACUCAAUAUACAAAACAGAAAGGAUGUAAAAAUGCCAAUGCUGAAUUAUAAAUUCAUAUCAGAGAUAAAGAUUAAUACAUAAACAUUAAAAAAGUGAAAUGGACGAUUUUCGACACAAUGUCUACAAAAAUCAAACAUAGAAAGGCACUACCGAAGUUAUAUGAGAAAAAGAACACUUCGCCUUUUGUACGUUAUAAAAGUGUGAUUUAAAAAUACUAACAAAUGAACAUGGAAUAAAGACUAAGUAUUAAGACGAAAAAAUAUAUAUAUAGUUAUCUGAGUCAAAUCCAUCACUCGUCGACUUCAAAGUUUUCCCAUUACAUUUUCCAUGAAUCUACAUUUACAGUCAUGUAGUGUUCUUAUUUCAUUAAAAAAAAAUAAUAAUAAAA